UUAUUAUUAUUAUUCCUUUUAUUUUUGGUGUUUUUUAUUUUGGAAUAUCCGCGUGCGCGUGCUCACCUUCCACCGUCAUUUCCUUUACAUUGCUUCACGUUUGUUUUGAAAAGCACACGCCGACGUGUUGUUUUGUAAGAGGAUGUGAAGAUGGACACUGCAAGGCAGCGCGCAGCGUGACGUCCCACAUGGUUUAAUGUGCCUCCACCACACAAGGUCUAUGGACUCGUUGGGGUGACGAAGAAGAAGAAGAAGUAAAAGGAGACUAAUACAGAACGUUGGCUGCGGUUACUCAGUGUGGAGCGACGUUCAGUCUGAAAAGCUAAAAUGGAGAAAAUGGCCUCCGUUGGCACCGUCGGCCGAACCAUGUUCUGCCUCCUGGAUGCUCCGGCCAACGCCAUCAGCGUGUGUCGGGAUGCUACGCAGGUGGUGGUGGCCGGUCGCAACAUCUUUAAGAUCUUUGCGCUUGAAGAGGACGGCUUUGUGGAGCGUCUGAAUCUGCGUGUGGGCCGCAAACCGUCGCUGAACUUCAGCUGCGCUGACGUCAUGUGGCACCAGGCUGAUGAUAGUCUCCUGGCUACGGCGGCCACCAACGGCGCAGUGGUGACGUGGAACCUGUCGCGGCCGUGCCGUAACAAGCAGGAGCACCUUUUCGCCGAGCACAAACGCACCGUCAACAAAGUGUGCUUCCAUCCCAGUGAGGCGCACAUGCUGCUCUCAGGCUCUCAGGACGGCUUCAUGAAGUACUUUGAUCUGCGCAAGAAGGAGAGCGUCAGCACCUUCUCUGGUCAGUCGGAAAGCGUAAGAGACGUGCAGUUCAGCACAAAGGACUUUUUCACGUUUGCAGCGUCUUUUGAGAAUGGGAACGUGCAGCUAUGGGACAUUCGCAGACCUGACCGUUAUGAGAGGAUGUUCACUGCACACACCGGCCCCGUGUUCUGCUGUGACUGGCACCCUGACGACAGAGGAUGGCUAGCCACUGGUGGGCGUGACAAGAUGGUGAAAGUGUGGGACAUGACGACAAACCGCGCCAAAGAGAUCUACUGUGUACAGACCAUCGCCUCGGUGGCACGUGUCAAGUGGAGACCGGAACGUCGCUGGCAUUUGGCCACGUGCUCCAUGAUGGUGGACCACAACAUCUACGUUUGGGACGUACGUCGGCCCUACAUCCCGUUCGCCACCUUCGAGGAGCACAAGGAUGUUGCCACAGGCAUUGUGUGGCGCAACCAGCACGACCCCGACAUGCUGCUCUCUGGCUCCAAAGACAGCACGCUGUACCAGCACAUGUUUAACGAUGCCAGUCGGCCAGAGGUGCGCGCCAACCCUGAGGGCCUCAGCUUUGGUCUGUUCGGAGAUCUAGCUUUUGCCGCCAAAGAAAGCCUGAUGGCGACCGAAGGUGGGCGAAAGCCGUGCCCGGGAGGAGACCGCCGCUACCCUAUCUUCUUCUUCAAGAAGCAUGACGUAAUGGAGCGCUUUGCACAAGUCUCCAGUGUGCUCAGUGUUUUUGAGUCUGAUCUGGACGGCGGCACCAGGAUGGAGUGGUUCAUCGAGACGGCGCGCAGGUACCAGCUGAGCGGGAGACCCUUCGCUGAGCUCUGUGACCACAACGCCAAGGUUGCCAAGGAGCUCAACAGACCUCAGGUGUCAACGACAUGGACCAUGUUACGGAUAAUGUAUUCUGACCCGGGUCACCCAACACCGCCAGCCAAUCACAACAUGAGUAAACUGGGUAACAUGCCCCUCAUGAACAGUUUCAGCUUGAAGGAUAUGAGCGCUGCUCUGAACGAGAGAAACAAAGAGAAUAGACAGGACAACUUGCACAACCUGGAGACAAACCUCAACAAUGAUGAGAAUGAAGAGACGGAGGGCAGCGACGGUCAGGCCGAGUAUCUGUUUGGAGAGGCCGAGCUGGAUGAUGACGACCUGUACAGCAUGGAUCACGACAAUCAGGCAGCAGAGGAGGUGGAGUUUUCCCUUCCCCAGGAGGCGUUUCCACUACGGCACGAGAUCGUGGAACACGCGACGGCGCCUGAGCUCCCGGCAGAGAAAGCCGAGUCCCCGCAGGCGAGUGGUGGCGAGACAGAGAACGUGUCCCUGACGGCCAUGGAGUCAUUCAGCCUGAUCUCGGUGUCACAGCUGCUCUUCCAGCCACGCCUUCUGCCUGGCUUCUUCAACGCCAUCGUAAAGGACACGCUGGCCUACUACGCCGAACAGGGCGACGUGCAGAUGGCCGUCUCUGCGCUCAUUGUGCUCGGUGAACGAAUCCGCAAGGAAAUAGAUGAGCUCACACAGGAACACUGGUACAUGUCCUACAUCGACCUCCUGCAGAGGUUCGAGCUGUGGAACGUCAGCAACGAGGUGAUCAAACUGAGCACGUGCGGCGCCAUCACGUGUCUGAACCAGGCGUCCACUACGCUGCACAUCAACUGCAGCAACUGCAAACGACCCAUGAGCAACAAGGGCUGGAUCUGUGACAGGUGUCACCAGUGCGCGAGUGUGUGUGCAGUGUGUCACCACGUUGUGAAGGGCCUGUUCGUGUGGUGUCAGGGCUGCAGCCACGGUGGACAUUUAGAGCACGUGAUGGAGUGGCUUAAGAGCUCCAACCACUGCCCUGCUGGGUGUGGACACUUGUGUGAAUAUGCCUGACACACACACACACACACACACACACAUUUAAAUGUCAUUGUAUACUUGAAUAAAGGUUCUGCUACAGACAAUGGUAAAGACAAUGUCUAACAUCCCCCCCCCCCACACACACACACACACACACCAGCCACAAAAUAUAUUUCAGUAAGAUUCCAUCCUUCUAUAAAAGCACUUUUGUUCUAUUUUAAACUUUAAAAUGCUGCAUUGUCAAAAACAAAUCUGUGGGAAAAAAGUUUGUAAAUAUUUUUAAUUCCAUCCUUUUGGUUGUUGCUGUUACAGAACCUGUAGCAAUAAAGUGUGUUCCUUCUCUAUA